AUGUCUGGAAAGACGGUAAAGCUCUCACUGCACAGUGACGACAGCCUGCUCUACUUACGCCAUCAAGUGAGCCGGAAUCUGGGGGUGUCGACGUGGCAGCUGCGUCUGCUGCUCGACGGCGAGAUCAUGGACAAGAGAGGACGCCUCGAGGAGAUAGCGCCCGCAGAGGGUCACGAGUUGGAAGUCCUGACGGUGACAGUGCCGCUCCCCUCAGAGGUGGAGUCUCGCAGUUCCGGGCUGUGGGUCCUGCUUCGGAACAGGAUCACACGAGACGUGCUGUACCGUAGUUCCUUGAUGAACCGUGCUGUGAAAGAGCACAUCUUGCUAGGGGAAGUAGACUUCUUCUACAACGGGGACAACUUGCUAGAGCUGGCUGCGCGUAGCCUUCCUCGGAGCGAGGCCAAAGAGAUUGGGUGUCUGCUCCUGGACGGAGGGUCGGACGUGAAUGGCGAGUCCUCAGAUGGCUUCACGCCCCUUCAGACUGCCUGCUGCCGUGGAUUGGUCGGACUGUCAGAACUUCUUCUACAGCGUGGAGCGAACCGAUUCAGAGCAUCGCCCACAGGAGAGGAUGCGCUUGACUGUGCCCUCGGCUUCCUUGCAGCUUGCGAUCUUUUCGGCUCGCAGGCGCGUCAGGAGGACGUGGACCUCGCCAAGCUGUGUUGCCGCCUCCGGAACAGCCGCAUCGAGCGUGCCCGCUCCUCUGGCAAGCUCCCCUCGGCCCUGGCGAAGGCCCGGCUCUGUCUUUCACAGGUGGCGACACAGCUCGCGCUCCUCGGAGGCAAGUUCGUGAAACUUAGCCAGGAGGAGGUCUUCGAAAUGAGUGGCCUGAGCAAGGCCUCGGUGCAGAGCUUCGGGAAGCAGCUCUGGGCUGGCUGGCCCGGUGCCUUCCUGACCUUUGACACUUUGAUCUCCAAUGUACCAGAUAUCCAGGAAUCCUUCGCCCAUGCACGAUCACGUGUGCUGUCUUCUCGUCUCAGCCAGAAUGAGAAGAACAUAUUCUACCCCAGCAGCAACCACAGACGGUUCUGCUACCAUUGUGACGAUUAUGACGAUGUUUGUUGGCGCGAUUAUGACUACGUUGAUUGGGAAUUUCUGGAACGUGGCGAUGCUAUUUUGUCACCUGCCGAUUACAGCCAGAGGAAGAUGCAGAACCGCAAGUGGGAGACUGCGAAGGCCAAUACCCGCAGCUGUCGUCGCGUGGUGUUCGAGCCAAGUCGUCGCUACGACUCACAUUCUGCGCGCUUGGCGCGGCGAAUGCCACGCAGGGACGUCCAGAUGGCGCGGCGCAAGGAGCGGCUUCGAGGUGGGCGGCAGAAUCUUUCGAAGUUCCAGCUGGUCAGAGAUCAGAUCUGGCAGUAG